AUGGGUGGAGGUGGAGGAGCCCAUCCCCAUUCACGAUCAUUCGGGAAUCUGGUGUCGCCACCCCAACCACUUGAAUACCCACCAGGAUUGACCUCGAAUACGGGAGGAUAUUCACGUCCGCGUGCUGCGUUUAGCGACAGCGGAAGUGGAGCACAGACGCAUUAUUUCAGAGAUCGCGGAGAGCACGAUUUGGGUGAGGGGAUUUACGGAGGCAAAUUAGAGCGGUGGUGGUGGAUGGAUGGGGAGGAGUUGGAUGGCGUGGAUGGGGUUGAAGCGAGUGUGGGAGGUGUUCGAGAAGGGAAUGCAAGUGAUGUUCUAGAUGGUGAAAAUGUGCACGCGAAUGCAGCACCCGAAUAUCGCGUGUCGUUUCAGGGAUGUGUCCCUCCACUGCCGGGUUUAGUGGGUUUGCCGAGUUAUGAGGAGGCUGCUGGAUCUGGAGUGCGACAGGGAAAGGUGACGGUCUGGUCAACUUGAUGGGCUGGGAUCUGGAUUGCGUUUGAGUUUCGAUGGGAGACGGGGGUGCGUUGGAAGAGAGACAUUCUCCUUGCGAUGGUGGACGUUCUCCUCUCGAUGGGCAACAUCCUAUCCUGCAAGACGGGUCGCAUUAUAUCUUGCAUGACGAGCUACAUUCUAGCUUGCAUGACAGGCGACAUGCACGACGGUCUUCAUUAAAUUUAACAUGACAGGCCUUCUUCUAGUCCACAC